AUGCAAGCUGUAGAAGAUAAGAAGCGAAAAUCAACAACUGAAGCAUUGACGUCAUCCUUGGAAAACAGUCAACAUGAUCCAGAACUAAAUCUUACAACAGCGGUCGACUCGAGCAAGUCACAAACCUUGCUGAACUUACCAGCCAAAGUAGAUGCAGUGGAAACUAGUGCUUCAACCGAAAAAGAGAAGAAACUGGAGCGAUUGAAACGAAUGGGGGCAGUGCAAAUUCCAGGGUUGCCUAACUUUUUUCAGUUGAGAAACAACGGCAAAACGAUUAAUGCAACGCGUAAUGAGGGAAACUCUUCGGAGUUAGCACAUCAGGAAUAUGUUCAGCUUAUGCCAGACCCUACCUCUAUGUCACCUGCGCCGGCUCAUCGAGCAUGUUGGACUGUGCCAAAAAUCCCCGUCUCAAAUAGAGAAUGUCCUGCACCAAUUAUCAAAAUUGAUGAACAGGGAACCAGUGGAAGUAGCCACUUAGUUCGUGGCGGGUCGGAUAGGUUCAUAAUGUCGAAAAGAGCGGAGAGAACGCAGAAGUCUCAAAGUGUCUGUGAGAACCGGAACGAAGAGCAAAAGAAACAAUAUCAGAACAUUAUGAACAAAGCAGAUUUGCAAACGCCGGGAAAAAUUGAAUCUUUUAUAGAAAGAUAUUUAAAUCACCUGCAAGCUGUAGAAGAAAACAAGCGAAAAUCAACAACUGAAGCAUCGACGGCAUCCCUGGAAAGCAGUCGAAGCAGUGUGCUCCACCGGUAA